AUGGGUUCUGAAAAAUCAGGCUCCUCGGGCGCCAUGACGAAGGAUCCGGAACAAGAAGCCGUCGCCGACGCGCAUUUGAAUAACUCGACAGUGAAGAGCGUUACUUGGAGCGGGGUAACUGUUACGGUGAAGGAUAGAGAGACGAAGAAGCCUAAGAAUAUUGUUGAUGAGGCAGCAGGCGCAGUUGAAGCUGGCGAAAUUUGCGCGCUAAUGGGCCCAUCUGGCUGCGGUAAAACAACUCUUCUCAACGUCCUAGCCCGCCGACCUACCAAUGCCAGUGAUGUCCAAGCCAAGGUUCUCAUCAACGGCACCGAAGUCUCCCAGUCUGCCUUCCGACAAAUCACAUGCUUCGUAGAACAAGAAGACGCUCUCAUCGGAUCUCUGACCGUUAGAGAAACCCUCGAUUUCUCAUCCCGCCUCGCCAGCACCAGUUCACUGCCCCGAAAAGAACGCCUCCUCCGAAUCGACUCACUUCUCGCCUCCUUCGGUCUCACCUCACAAGCUUCCACCAUCAUCGGCACCCCAAUCCGCAAAGGCAUCUCCGGCGGACAAAAGCGCCGUGUUGGCGUGGCCAGCCAGCUCAUCACCAGCCCGAAGGUGCUCUUCCUCGAUGAACCAACGUCCGGCCUCGACUCAGCUGCCUCAUGGGAAGUGGUAAACUACCUCCGCAAGGUGGCCAAGCGACACAACCUCAUCGUCAUUUGUUCGAUCCACCAGCCCUCGACGGCAACAUUUAACUUGUUUGAUAAGCUGAUGCUCCUUUCCGCCGGCAAGACGCACUACUUUGGCCCGGUGUCCAACGUCGUUCCACACUUCCAAUCACUCGGUGUCCAGGUGCCCAACUACAUCAACCCAGCCGAAUUCCUCCUCGACCUCGUCAACAUCGACUUUGCAAACGACGUCUCGUCCGCGUCAGAGCGUCUUGACGCCCUCCAAGCGCAAUGGCUCUCGUCGCCGCAAUCGCAAGAAACCGCCUCCCUCGUCAACACCCUCUCAUCGGCCUCACACCCCCUCAAUCUCUCUGAAAUUCAAAAACCAUCCACGCCAAGCCUCAUCCUCACGCUCCUCCACCGCUCAUUCAUCAAAUCCUACCGCGACGUCGUAGCCUACGGCAUCCGCCUCGCCAUGUACACCGGUCUCGCCAUCAUGAUGGGCACAGUAUGGGUCCGUCUCUCGCCCGACCAGGAAUCCAUCCAGCCCUUCAUCAACGCCAUCUUCUUCGGCUCGGCAUUCAUGUCCUUCAUGGCCGUCGCCUACGUUCCCGCUUUCCUCGAAGACCGUCUCCAGUACGUCAAGGACCUGCACAACGGCCUCUACGGCGCCACCGAGUUCAUCGUUUCCAAUUUCUUCAUUGGCAUCCCGUACCUGUUUCUUAUAUCGGUCGUCUUCUCCGUCAUUUCGUACUGGUUGUCGAAUUUUCAGCCCACGGCAAAGGCAUUCUUCACAUGGAUAAUGUGGCUGUUCCUCGAUCUUUUGGCUGCGGAAUCGCUCGUCGUGUUCAUGAGUUCUCUUGUGCCCAGCUUCGUCAUCGCAUUGGCACUGGUCGCUUUUGCGAAUGGCCUGUGGAUGUCGGUGGGUGGAUUCAUGGUCCCGCCGACGAUUUUGAACGUCUUUUAUAAAUAUGUCUUUCACUACUGGGAUUAUCAGAAGUAUGUGUUUGAGGGGAUGAUGGUGAAUGAGUUUGCGGAGAGGACGUAUUCGUGCGGUGCGGGUUGUAGAUGCAUGUAUGAGUCGCCGUUGGCGAAUCAGUGCAAGAUUGCAGGGCAGGCUGUACUGGAUCAGUAUGGUUACUCUACGGGGAAGUUGGGGCAGAAUGUUGGCAUUAUGGUUUCUAUAAUUGCUGGGUAUAGGAUUGCAUCUUGGAUUGUUUUGAAGUUGCGAAGAUAG